AGUUCGUCCUUCUGGUGUUGCAGUGUUUUUGUUCCCCCGCUCACAGCUUUCUCACAUGUGCGACGUCGUUUUUUCUCCUGUCAUGUGCCCAUUAAUGGUUUAAAAAUGCAUUUAUCUCAGACGUUGGAGCUUUUCCCCGACCUCACGGUGACGCAAAUUCUUUUUAAAGAGGUCCAAAAUGCCGCCGAGCUACGGCAAAACGCUGUAGAGGGGAUAAUAAAAGGUGCCCUGAUCAAGGCUAAUAUGCUGGUGAGUCCUUUCCAAGUGUUGGUGGCCACAAAUAAAGCGCUGCACUUACAGAAACAGAGUCAAAUGAAGACAAGAGGCUUAUUUUCAGAGAUCAUCUUCAACCUGUCACCGACUAAUAAUAUCUCAGAAGCCUUCAAAAGAUUUGGGAUCUCAGAUGGUGACAAUUCAGUCCUGGUGGUCUUGGUCCACAACAAAGAAGAAUCCCAGCUCAUGAGCGACAUUUUGACCAAAGUGGACGGAGUCCAGAUUCCAGUGGAUGAUUUGUCGUCCAUAUCAGACCUUGAAAAGAUUAAAAAGCUGUACAAGGUCAGUCCUCGGGAGGAAAAGUGUGGCACUCUUUUGGAUGCAGUCGUAUGCAGAAUGGCCACUAAGGAUGUAAUGUAGCUCUAAUCAGUCCCCAGUCUUUCCAUUCCAGUCUUUCCAAUUGUCCUUAAAAUGUGGCUAAUGGGUUUCCUCUUGUCCAGAAUACACUUUUCUUGUCUCAA